AGAGAGGAUGCCAUAUUGGAAUGAGGCUGUAGUGGGAGCUGGAGGACCCGAGCGGGCGCGCUAGGGAGGCGGCGGGUAGAGAGCGAGUGAGCAAGAGAGGGAGGGUGAGGCGGACCGGCUCCCACUCCGGUCGCCCCCAGGGGCCAGGCUCCACCAUUCCUGGCGGGACAAACUUAAUCAGUUUUAUUUCCUGAGAAAAAGUGAUAUCAGACCGUGCCUUCUCCGAUCCCUGCUCCCUGAAGGAUGAAUUAAGAGAGUAGGAGGCAUAGUCAUCAGCAUGGAGAGAUAUUUGCAAGUUUCGAAGAACCGCAACUCAUCCUCCUCUUUGGAAAUGAUAACCAGCCCAGCCAAUGGGAAUGGGAAUCUUGACUCAGAGGAAGAUUCCAGCCUGGAGGAAUAUGACUUCAGCUGGGGAGACUAUUUGGAAGAGACAGGUGCCAGAGCGGUGCCACACGUGUGCUUCAGACAUGUGGAGAUCAGCAUUCAGAGUAACUUCCAGCCAGGAAUGAAGUUGGAGGUGGCCAACAAGAACAAUCCAGACACUUACUGGGUGGCCACCAUCAUCACCACCUGUGGACAGCUGCUGCUCCUGCGUUACUGUGGUUAUGGGGAGGACCGAAGGGCUGACUUCUGGUGUGAUGUGGUCAUAGCGGAUCUGCACCCUGUGGGGUGGUGUACUCAGAACAACAAGGUGUUGAGGCCCCCGGAUGCUAUCAAAGAGAAGUAUACAGACUGGACAGAAUUCCUCAUACGUGAAUUGACUGGUUCUCGGACAGCACCUGCAAACCUUCUGGAAGGUCCUCUACGAGGAAAAGGCCCUAUAGACCUCAUUACAGUUGAUUCCUUAAUAGAGCUGCAGGACUCCCAGAACCCCUUUCAGUACUGGAUAGUUAGUGUGAUUGAAAAUGUCGGAGGAAGAUUACGCCUUCGCUAUGUGGGAUUGGAGCACACUGAAUCCUAUGAUCGGUGGUUAUUUUACUUGGAUUACAGACUUCGACCAGUUGGUUGGUGUCAAGAAAAUAAAUACAGAAUGGAUCCACCUUCAGAUCUUUAUUAUCUGAAGUUGCCUUUUGAAUGGAAAUGUGCUCUGGAAAAAUCCCUAAUUGUUGCUGCAGAGUCUCCUCUUCCAAUGGAAGUAUUUAAGGACCAUGCAGACUUGCAAAGCCAUGCCUUCACAGUUGGGAUGAGGCUGGAGACAUUGCAUAUAAGUGAUCCCUUUCAUAUCUAUCCUGCAUCAGUGACCAAGGUUUUUAAUAGUCAGUUUUUCCAAGUGGCCAUUGAUGAUCUAAGACCUGAAGCUAGUAAACUCACAAUGCUGUGCCAUGCAGAUUCUUUGGGGAUUUUGCCAGUACAGUGGUGCCUUAAAAAUGGAGUCAACCUUGCUCCUCCCAAAGGUUACUCAGGCCAGGAUUUUAACUGGGUGGAUUAUCACAAGCAGCGCGAGAAAGAAGAAGCACCUCCUUUCUGCUUCAAAAAUACAUUUACUCGAAGCUUCUCAAAGAACAUGAAGCUUGAAGCUGUGAACCCCAGGAAUCCAGGAGAGGUGUGCGUGGCCACUGUGGUCAAUGUGAAAGGGCGGUUGUUAUGGCUUCAUUUAGAAGGUCUGGAGACUCCAAUGCCAGAGAUCAUUGUAGAUAUGGAUUCCAUGGAUAUCUUUCCUGUGGGCUGGUGUGAAGCAAAUUCUUACCCUUUGACCACACCAUACAAAGCAUCCUCAAAAAGCAAGAGAAAGACUGUCCUUGUACAGCCGGAAAAACAAUUAUUACCCCCAGUGCCUGUUGAGAAAAUACCUCAAGAGCUUUGCUUGCCGCCACAGAUGGACACCGCAGGAGCUGUUGAUGAGAAGUACAGCUGCCCACAGCUGUUUGUCAACCACCGCUGUUUCUCAGGCCCAUUCCUGAACAAAGGAAGGAUUUCAGAGCUACCUCAGACAGUGGGACCUGGCAAGUGCGUGCUGGUGCUUAAGGAGAUUCUUACCAUGUUAACCAAUGCAGCCUACAAGCCCGGGAGGGUGUUGAGAGAAUUACAGCUGUUGGAAGAUCCAGAGUGGGAUUGCCAGGAGGAGGUGCUCAAGGCAAAAUACCGAGGCAAAAUAUACAGGGCCGUGGUCAAGAUCGUGCAGACAGCAGACCAAGUGUCGAAUUUCUGCCACCAAGUUUGUGCCAAGCUGCAAUGCUGUCCGAACCUAUUCAGUCCUGUGUUGAUCUCUGACACCUGCCCGGAGAAUUGUUCUGUCUAUACCAAAACCAAAUACACCUAUUAUUAUGGAAAAAAAAGGAGGAUCAUUAAAUAUCCACUUGGAGACAGCAACAGUGAAAGUGCACCAAAACCAGGCAGGAGAAGGAAACGACGAAAAUCAAUCUACGUGCAGAAGAGGCGGAAAAUUUCUCCUGUGGGCAUCUCAGUGAGCUCGGUGCAGGAAACUGAAGCGGACGAUCCAUAUGCCCUGGACACUGCAAGUGAGGAAACAAGUUAUGAGGUCCAGGAUUACCAGACAGACACUUCAGCAGCAGAGGCGGUGCCCCUUACCCGGCCACGGAGGGCUGUGACCCUAAAGAAAAAUUCAGAGGCUGUGAACCGGCCUACAGCAGAAAGGGCACGGAGGACCCGCCCAGUGCCGACUACUACUACUACUACUUCUAAUAACAGAAUUAAGGGCCCACUUAUUAGACUUGAGAAAUCAGAGGAUUCAAGGCAAUCAGAGGAGGAGAAACUGAUUCUUGAGAGCAAUCCACUGGAGUGGUCGGUCACAGACGUGGUACGAUUCAUUAAGCUGACUGACUGUGCGCCUUUGGCCAGGAUCUUUCAGGAGCAGGACAUCGAUGGCCAGGCACUCCUCCUGCUGACUCUCCCAACAGUGCAGGAGUGCAUGGAGCUGAAGCUGGGACCUGCUAUCAAGUUAUGCCAUCAGAUCGAGAGAGUGAAGGUGGCUUUCUACGCUCAGUAUGCCAACUAACUCGCCCUUCUUGGCAGGUGUCGCCUGAUUCUGAUAUUGCUGUGUUUGUUGUAAA